AUGAAAAAGAACCCGACGGUGCAGGGCACUUUCAGCAAACUCUUCGGCAAGAAGCAUGCCAACCCGCCCGCCACCUCCCUCUACGCCACCAACCCCCCCUGGAUCUUCACCCAGGAGGCCCCGGAGGAGGGGACCCGGGGCUUUGAUGGGAUCUAUUAUGGAGACAACCGGUUUGACACCGUGAGUGAAUCGGGAACAGCCACGCUGAAAGCUCGGCCAAGGGUCCGGCCCCUGCUCACUUUUCUUCCGCUGGAUGCUCAGGAGAACCAUGGACUGGCUGUACCAACCCCCUGUGUGCCAGACAACUUUGCAGACAAACAAGUGACAGGCACCAGCACGCUCGUCAAUGGCAACCUCCGACUAUACAGCUCUGUGGGGGACCUAAGGCCUGGACAGUAUGGCCAGGACUUACUCAUCCCCCCACCUCCCCCAGGCCCGGCGCCGGCGCCGCCCCUAGGCACCCUGCAGCCUGCAGAGGAACUCUCACCGCCACCUCCACCCUCCACAGCUCCCCCACCUCCUCCCCUGCUGGUAUCACUGCAACCACCCCCACCCAGCACGGCCCCAGCUCUGCCCCCAGGAAUGGGGGCCCUUUCCCCCGCCCCCACCGUUUCCUCCCCAUCCACACCCACGCCUCCUGACUUCAUUCCACCCGCCCCACCCCAGGCCAUUCAAGCCCCACCUCCACCCCUCAUGCCAACCCCCACACCCCCAGCCCCAGGGUCUCCCCAGACCGCGGGGACCCGCCUCUUCCCCGCUGGAGGUGUCACCAAGUGGAAAUCGGAAGUAACGCUGAAUGGUAGGCAGCCUGACGCCCCCAGAAGCAGCCCCCCCAAGAGCCCUGCUGAGCCCAAGGGGGGCCUCCCGGGUCCGGAGUCCCACCUCACCUUCCCCCGGUCAUUCAAAGUGCCUCCCCCAACCCCAGUCAGGACUUCAUCCAUCUCCAUUCCAGAGGUACAAGGGGCUUCUCCUGAGGACGAAGAGCCCACCAAGAAGGGCCCCAGUCGACCCUCACUGCCUCCCAGCUUCCAGAUCCGCUCUGCGUGCCAGGCCUACCCAGACAGGGCUGCUGAGCUAGUGCACCCCGAGGAGCCCGGCACUGUGGCACCGGCUGGCCCGAGGCCGGGCCAGCCUCAGGUCCAGAGCAGUGAACAAACCGAGACGCCACCUCCAGCCCCUCCCCUGCCCCCUCCUGCACCCCCGUUCCCUCCACCAGCACCCCCGCUGCCCCCAGCCGCCCCUCCUCUGCCAUCUGCCGAGAAGGCAGCCCCUCCACCUGCUGGGUUGAUGAAAAGACCCAAGGCCAGCUCUCCUGCUCCCAAACCCAAACCUGACCCCCCGAGCCCGGAGGAGACAGCCUCUUCGGAGCCCAUGGACUGGCGGGAUCCCAGCCAGAUGGCAAAGCUGCGGGACGAGCUGUCAGCCUAUCUUUGCGGCUCCAGGAGAGAGGACCGUCUCGCCAGUCACAGACCAGGUCCAGCGGCAGCCUCUCAGGGAAGGGAGGACCACAAGCGUCCCAGCCUGCCAGCGAAAGAGGCGCCCCCGAGUCUGCUACAGAAGGAGGCGCCCCCAAGCCUGCCAGAGGAGGAGGCCCCCUCAAGCAUUCCUGAGAAGAGUCCCUACAGCCGACCAAAGAAGGCUGCCACCAGCCUGACCCUUCCUCCUGUGGAUUACCUCCCCCAAGACGCGCCAACUCCUAGCGUCUGGGAGAUCCGGAAGAAGCUGGAGGCCCAGCUUUCCUCAUCAGCUGAGAAGGAGGCCAGGCCCAGCAGAGGCUCUCUGCCUCCCAAACCUCAGCCAGAAGGGGGAAGAAUCUUUGAAAACAGAGUUGAUAACGGCAAAUUCUCCAAGCCUGUGGCCAAGAAUCUGCCACCUCUAUCCACCACCCCUCUGCCAAACACACCACUCCAGUCCAAGGUCACAUCCGGACCAGCCACCCCACCCAAAGCCACACCUGGACCAGCCACACCACCCAAGGCCACGCCUGGACCAGCCACACCACCCAAGGCCACGCCUGGACCAGCCUCACCACCCAAGGCCACUCCUGGACCAGCCACACCACCCAAGGCCACGCCUGGACCAGCCUCACCACCCAAGGCCACUCCUGGGCCAGCCACACCACCCAAGGCCACGCCCGGACCAGCCACACCACCCAAGGCCACGCCUGGACCAGCCUUACCACCCAAGGCCACACCUGGACCAGCCUCACCGCCCAAGGCCACACCUGGACCAACCACACCACCCAAGGCCACACCUCUACCCAUCACAUCUUCCCAACUGAUAGCAGAAAAGAACCUGGUCGCAGCUGGGCAGUGGGAGAAGCCAGAACAUGAAGAACUUGCAGUGCCCUCCAAGCCAGAGGUAGAGGGGCACUCCUCAGAGGCCAGUAAGCCUCCUACACAGGGAGCCCACUCAUCUCCAGCCUUCCCCCCAAAGAUAUCACCUGGGCGAGAAGAGGCGCCUUGUUUCUACAAGCCCCAUCGCAGCCAGAACAGCCCCAGCAGAGAGGUGGCCGUGGUGACGCCCACCCUGUCCAGAGGAGAGGCUGCAGGGUCAGGCAAGCCUGUGGAGGGGAAGGAGCCCCAGGAGCUGCCGCCCAAGCCCCCAGCCUCACCCCAGGCUGCUGACGAGCUCCUCAGGCACCCGGUGACGGGGGAGGUGGUGGAGCGGGGCUCCCCGAUGGCUCUGCUCCUUGCAGCCAAGCAGAGGGCCCAGAAGGGGAGGCCCAGGGGGGCUGCCCUGGGCCGGUCCUCCCUACCAGGGAGUGUCCGAGGCCCCAGCCAGCCCGAGGCAGGCUCUGAUACCAUCUUGUACAACGAGGGCCAGCCCAACUCCUUCACUGUGGUCCCCAAGGUGUCCAAGGAGACUGGGAAUGUCCCCCAGCUAACCUCGCCAGGACAGCCCAAAGGACUCCGUCAGUGGGAACCCCAGCCCCGCAGGGACCCAGAGGGCACGGAGUCGGGCCGCGGGCCCAGCUGGACAAAGGUGGAGCCCCGGGCCUCGGCGGCCUGGGAGAGACCAGAGCCCUCCAGCCUCCAGGGCCGCCUGCUGCCCAAGUCUUUCUCUUCCCCUCCUUCUCCUUCCCACAAACCGGAGGAAGGCAAGGAGGAGGAGUUCAACUUUGAGGUCAUCCCGCCACCGCCAGAAUUCAGCAAUGACCCCGAGCCCCCGACCGCCCCCUUGCAGUAUCUGGGGCGCCGGGGUUCCCCUCCCCGGAACAAUUUCUCAGACUUGGGGCAGCCCGCCAACGCGGGCCCACCUCGCAGCUUCUCUCACUUCUCCGCCGAUCCAGGUCCGGCCCGGGGCCUGGAGCGCUUCUCGGGCGGGGGCGGGGGUCGCUCGCUCAUCAAGAAGCGCCUUUACGUCGGGGAGCCUCACCGCAACCCCGGGCCGCCCCGCGGCGGCACCGGCCGCAGCCUGAGCUCCCCCAACUGCUUCGGGCCGCAGCCCGGGGGCCCCUUUGCAGCGCCCAGCGGCCCCGAGAUGCGGCGCGUCAACUCGGCGGGCCGCGGGCCCCCCGGCGGCCUGCACUCGCGGAAGAUGUCCCUGGAGGGCGCCCCUCGCGGAGAGACCAAGUACAAAGCUCUCGGCGGCGGCGGCGGCGGCGGCGGCGACUACGGCUGCACCCCGGCUACCGGCAGGUCUCCCCACAACAACACGCACUACGGAAGCUCCAUCAACACAUUCACUGUGAGGCCUGGGACCCGCCAUCCCAUCUCCUAUGCCUACUCAGGGGCCCAUUGGAAGGCCCCGUCCUGA